GCGAUGUGUUUCGCUAACAUCUCCCCAAAUUCCCAUGAGCUUCAUGUAUACCGUAAACAUCAAUGAGCUUUAUUAGGCCACAAUCAAUACCCAGGCACCUACGUAUAAAAACAUCCAUAUUGCCCAGCUUAUUAGGCGAUAGUUACAUCACUCAGAACCUCCCGCAUAUCAACCUUUUUAAUCGCUCUUGAAUCUUGACAGCCCGAUCUAACGAGCGACGCGUCUCAAGCUGCUGAGCGACACACGCCAGUGAUAAGAAAGAGGCUUUGCGGGUGGUUAAUAUGAGAUUUAAUUGGUCCCUCGCUUUGCACUGGCUAUCGUUGUGCAUGGCAGCAGAGGUUGCCAUGAGUUCUCCUCCGAGAUGCAUCAUGUACCUCACUGGACAACACCCUGUCGUGCCCGCGGUUGAACAGCUCAAAUAUGUGACCCAUGUAGCGUUGGCAUUCAUGCGUCCUGGCACAUUUAAUGACCCAGAUGUGUCCGACUGGCCUCUAUUCGCCACUGUCGCCGACCUCCGGCCUAAGUUCCCGGCGGGGACGAAGAUCAUGAUUGCCAUUGGCGGCUGGGGGGACACGCUUGGGUUCUCCGUUGCUGCCACUUCGGCCGAGACCCGCAAGAGGUUUGCCGACAAUGUUGCCCGCAUGGUCAGAGCUACCGGUGUAGAUGGAAUCGACGUCGAUUGGGAGUACCCGGGAGGCAAUGGCGAGGACUACAAGCAGGUUCCAAACUAUGCCAAAGCGUGGGAAAUUCCCGCCUAUCCUCUUCUCCUCUCGGAGCUACGUGCCUCUCUAGGGCCCGACAAGAUCAUCUCUGCCGCAGUUCCCGGGCUCGAGCGCGAUAUGCUGGCUUUUACAAGCCUAACAGUGCCACGCAUCAUGCACCAUCUCGAUUUCCUAAACGUCAUGACAUACGAUCUCAUGAACCGCCGCGAUACUGUGACCAAGCAUCAUACGGGCGUUCAGCUGAGUCUGGAGGCAGUUGAUGCCUAUAUUGCGGCUGGUGCGGACCCCGGGAAGCUAAACCUCGGUUUUGCUUUCUAUACCAAGUACUUCCAGACAGAGCAUGAGGCCUGUGGUAGCGCCGCCUCGCCUGUUGGCUGCCCUACACUUCUUCUGGAAGACCCAGAGACAGGAGCAGAUCUUGGUCGCGGCGGCGGUUUCUCCUGGCAUGAUUCUGUCCCAGAAAACGUCGCCCAGUCAUUUACCAGGGCGCUUGGUGAAGGCACCUAUGACGACCAGCAAGGGGGUUACUACUACUGGGACGAGGCGGAGAAUCUAUGGUGGUCAUUUGACACGCCAGAUGCCAUCAAGCGUAAGUUUCCGCUUGUCUUGGAGAAGAGGGGGCUUGGUGGUGUCUUUGCCUGGGGCUUGGGUGAAGAUGCGCCUCUUUUUGAGCAUCUGGCAGCCUUGAACGAGGGUCUUGCCGAACACUUAAGAUCCAGAGUCGCGAAGGAGGAGUUAUAGGUUGGAUGUUUGCCACUGGUAUAGAGAACGGAAGCGGCUAGCAGGAUUUUGGAAGCAACCACUGCGGUGGUGUGCUGGAUUGUGGAGUGGGUAGGUAAGGUGGCUUAAUGUCGGAAAGCCAUGAGUAACACGUUAGACCGAGCAUACUCUUGGUUGGAAUACUAGUUGGUAUGUGUAGGCGUGGUACGACUGUCGAGGAAUCAUAACCAUAUACGGUUUCGAGUCAAUGCUACCUGCCUACCUGCCUCUUUGCCAGCCCGCCUAGUUGACAGUCUAGACGAGAAGUAUAUGUAAUUUCCAGAUCGAUGGCAAACUAUAUCGUC